UGACGGGAAAUGUAGUUCCCCUCUGUAAUCUCUCCUCCCAUCGGGGAAUGUGUAGGAUUCAUUUCUCAUGGAUUGAGCAGCGGUAGCACCGAGAGGAGAAGUCUCCUGCUGGAACAGCUCUGUGACCCGCUUACUGGGAAUAACGGAGCCCCUCCAGGCUCUUUACCUUGCAUCUCACUUGAAUUAGCAGAAAACAUGGGCAGUGAAUCCAAAAAACAUCUGGAUGAAAGAUGCAAAGGUCUGUCAGGAGUCCAGAAAGUCAUUGACCUUUUAUAAAUACCCACUAAUUACAAGCAAACAGAUCACAGUGUUCCUGACAGGAGAUGAUGCCAACUCUGUCUUAAAACGAUCUCCUAGAGCAAACAGUUUUUUAGAAGAAAUUAAGCAAGGGAACAUUGAGCGGGAAUGCAAGGAGGAAUUGUGCACCUAUGAAGAGGCAAGAGAAGCAUUUGAAAAUGACGAGAAAACUAACGAAUUCUGGAAAGAAUACAUUCAAGGACAACAAGGAGAUUUGAAUACAGGAAACAACUGGUACCCUUUUUACCUUGCCUUUCCUCUGAUCAUUGUGUUUUUCAUCAUCCUAUUGGUCAUUUUACUCGUGUGGAAGUGUGUGUUUAAAAAGAAGGCACGCAGACAGACUGCUUAUGCCCCUAGAGGGGUUCGAGAAAAUGCAACAGAAGUGGCGAUUGACCCAGAUGGAUUUGCAAUUUCACCUCAGCAUGGCACUGUCCUAUACCCCAUGGAAGUAAUAUUUGAUAGGGGAAGACUCCACAGUGGAUAUGAUUAUGAUGUGCAUUCUGACACUCUUUCAGCUGGUCUGUCGAACUGCGAUCCUCCCCCCUCUUAUGAGGAGGCCACAGGGGAGAGGGGUGUUCGGCUAAAUGAACCAACACUAAAUCCCACAGAUCCGCCGCCCGAGUAUGAUGAAAUAGUCACUUCAGCUGCAGCUGUCACAGUACCUCACGGAGCUACCAGCACUAAAUAACACAAACUGCAGGAAUCCUAUGUAAAUUGUUUUGCAAUUCAUUUUAUUGCAGAUGAAGUAUUUUAAGCACAGUUUUGAACCUACAUAUUCUUUGCCUUUGGAUGACCUUCACCUCUUCCACCUUCCUUCAAGUUACACGUCUGCUUUCAUGAAUAUAACUGGUGAAUUCUUUGCACAAGUAAACGAUUAGCUCUGUUUGGGCUUAAUGAUAUUCUAAUCAGACAUUAUCUAUACUCUUAUACAUGCAGCUGAGAAACCUUAGCUUAGUUACCCCUGCAAAUGUACUGGGUAACUUUCCUUUGAUUCUUUGCAAUAACUCUACCAUUUCUAGGUGGUGCUGACGUAACAAUAUAACCACUAUUAACCAGAGUGCAUUUUGAAUGAAGACCUAUAAUAAAGUAUGUAUUUGUUUUUUUCUUAAUUGUAAUAUGUGCCUAAUUUCUCCUUAUCAUCUAAGAAUGUCAACAAUGUCAUGAAAUAGAAAUGAAUAAUAAGCAAUACACUGUUACUCUAUGAUUGAAAUGAAUAAAGACAUACUUGAAA